AUGAAAAUUAUAUAUUUUUCAGGUUGGUGUGAUUUAAGGAACCUUAAACAAUUAGACAUCAGUGGAAAUGUACAUCAGGGUCUUCCUUCAUGUUUGGGUAACUUGACAUCUCUUCGUGCCUUAGAUAUUUCCGACAAUCAAUUCACUGGAAGUUUAGCUCCUUUAGCAAAUCUCACAUCACUUAGAUUCCUCUCCCUCUCAAGAAAUCAUUUUCAAGUACCAUUAUCAUUCAUAUCACUUGCAAACCUCACUGACCUCAAGAUCCUCCUGCGUGAUGAAAACAAGUUGGUAAUGGAAGAAGAACUCUUCUUGAUGGGCAAUUCUUUUAAGGGUCCUCUCUUCCCACCAAUUCCUUAUCCUGAUGUCUCUUCAAUUGACAUAUCUAAUAACAAAAUACAAGCUCAAAUUCCAGUAUAUAUAUGUUCAACUUUUCCUCAUUUAGAAAGGUUGUUAUUAUCUUUGAAUUCCUUCAAAGGUAAUAUCCCUCCUUGUUUAGGUGGUAUGAGCCAAUUAUCAUUAUUAGACCUAUCAAAUAAUCAAUUGUCUGGAGGAGUUCCAGAAGAGUUAACUAUGAGCAGCUCACUGAAGAUUUUGAGGCUGUCAAAUAACAACCUAACUGGAAAGGUUGUUCCAACAAUCUUCGCUUCAAAUUAUUUUUUAAAAUUAUAUUUGGAUGGGAAUAACUUUGUUGGAGAGAUACCCGAUAUUGAUAGCUUGAAUGUUGGCUUUCCUUAUUUUUUAACUGAAAUUGAUCUAAGUAAUAACAAUUUGUCUGGCAAGCUUCCAAGAUGGAUAUGGAAUAUGUCAUAUUUGGAGAGAUUGGCUUUGUCCAACAAUCACUUUGAGGGCUCCAUUCCAAUGGAAUUGUGCAACUUGGACCUACUUGAAUUUUUGGACCUUUCCCAAAAUAAUUUUUCCGGCUAUAUACCAUCUUGUUUCAAUCCACCGAAUAUACAGCAUGUCCACAUGAGCAGAAACAGACUAAGUGGUCCACUAACACCAUCUUUGUAUAACAGCUCUUCGUUGGUGACUUUAGAUCUUACAGCAAACAACUUGACUGGCAACAUUCCAGAAUGGAUUAACACUCUUUCCGGUUUAAGUGUCCUUCUUUUGAAAGCUAAUCACCUUGAAGGAAGAAUCCCGGUUCAGUUAUGCAAAUUGUGUUCCUUGAGCAUCAUAGAUCUUUCUCAAAAUAAGCUUUCUGGUCCUAUACCUUCUUGUUUGGGCAAUUUAACUUUUGGAUCAAGUUAUGACAAGUCUCUUAUAUCUGGAGGUUACUAUUAUUUUUCAGAACAGGAUAUACAAAAAUACAUCGGGAUGGAAGUGAACAUGGAUCAAUCAGUAGGGUCACAUUCGGUUUUCUCAAGCAAAGUGAAAGAAUGGAUAGAGUUUACGACAAAGAGGGGGUCCUAUAGAUACGGAAGUGACAUUCUUGACUACAUGUCUGGGAUUGAUUUAUCUUGCAACAAGUUAACUGGUGAAAUCCCAUUUGAAUUGGGAAACUUGAGUGAAAUCCGUUCAUUAAACUGUUCACACAAUAAAUUGAUCGGAGUUAUACCCUCAUCAUUUUCAAAUCUUAAGCAGAUUGAGAGCUUAGACCUUUCUUACAACAACUUGAGUGGUAGAAUUCCCAUCCAACUAGUUGAGUUGAACUUUCUAGAGGUUUUUAGCGUGGCGCACAAUGACUUGUCGGGUAAGACUCCAGAAAGAAAAGCUCAGUUUGGGACCUUUGAUGAAAGCAGUUAUGAGGGAAACCCUCUUCUUUGUGGACCUCCAUUGCAUAACAAUUGCUCUAAUACUGAUUCACCACCAACGGUAUCAACUGAAUCAGAUGAUGAAGGAGAAGACAAUUUGCUGGACAUGUCUGCUUUUUGUGUGAGCCUUCUGAUUUCAUUUGCAGCUGUGUUAUUGGGAAUCUUUUCUAGUCUUUGCAUAAAUCCAUAUUGGCGAAAUGCAUGGUUUUCUUUCAUUGAGGAUUGCAUCACUACUUGCCGCUUCUCAAUUGUGGGCAACGUUUUUGAGUUAUAUAUCUUCAGAAGAAACGCUCAGCUGUGAAAGCCUUAAUGCUUUGUGCUGUUGCGGGUUGUGGACAUUCUGCUUCGUUCUUUUGAUUUGAAGGAAAAGUCAGAUGGCUGCUGUAAUGUAACCUUGUUUGCAUUGUUUGAUUCUGGUGCUUUCAUCUGUUGGGCUUUAUUCUGCUUGCAUCCAGUAUAUCUCUGUUUUCUCUUUCUUCCAUGGUGGCUUUCACAGGAUUAAGGUUGUCUCUUUGUCUUCUCCAUCUCGCUCUGUUUAUGUUCUUUAAAUUGGGUGCUUAGCUGUCAGCAGCUCAUUGCGAGGGACUGUUCUUAUCAAGGUAUUUCAGUUUCUACUGGUGUGUGGGCAGGGGUUUCUCCCCAUAUCGUCACUGCUUAGCUGCCAUGAGAACCCUCUGUUGAGAAGCAGAGAAUGGAACCAGCGAUGAAGAACAAGAAGAAAAUUGUACUACUUCCUGACGAUGUAAUCAUUGAGAUAAUGGCUAGACUUCCACCAAAAUCUAUAGUGCGUUUUCGAUGCCUUUCCAAAUCCUUGAACGAUUUACUGAAAAGCGCUUACUUCAUUAAGAUGAACCUCAAUCAUGUUGAAGAAAGCAUAUCCGACGAUAUGCAGCGACUUAUUCUCUCUUUUACUUGUUCUCUUCAAUCAAUGGACUGCGAAGCAUA